CCACAAAAAAUACCAGAAAUAACUGUCACUGUAUAGCGGAUUAGUGGUCUAAAUUUGAAGGAGACUCAAAAUGAUGAGAGCUAGACUGUGCCACUUGCUAGCUCUUUCUCACAAAAUCUAAGCUUCAGUCCGUACGGACAUGGCCGUUGUUGCAGCAGGAGGAGUUGGUAUAGGAGUAACCAAGCUCCACCCUCACACUUCUCCGAAGCCCACGACCCCAUUUCUCGGCAAGAAGCUCCGAAUCAAACCCACUACUUUUAAAUCACAACCCACUACAAGAAUCACCAUCUCAAACCCAAAACAGUUCCUAGUUUUCGCGUCACAAGGCGAACAGCUGGUCAUCGAUGCGGUUCGUGACCUAUUUGUGGCCGUGGGAGUGGGGCUGCCAUGUACUGUCAUGGAGUGCGGUGACAUAAUAUACAGAAGCACUCUUCCUAAGUCGAGUGGCUUGACAAUUACGACCACUGGUGCACUUUUGGCUCUGGGGGCUCUGUCUUACCUCUGGGCCACACCUGGUGUGGCCCCUGGCUUCUAUGACAUGUUUGUUCUUGCUUUUGCUGAAAGGCUAUUCAGACCCACUUUCAGGAAGGAUGAUUUUGUGCUGGGGAAGAAGUUGGGGGAGGGGGCUUUUGGUGUGGUUUAUAGAGUUUCAUUGAAAAAGAAGCCUUCAUCCAAGAAGGAAGGUGACUUGGUCUUGAAAAAAGCUACUGAAUAUGGUGCCGUGGAAAUUUGGAUGAAUGAGCGUGUUCGGAGAGCUUGUGCAAAUAGCUGUGCUGAUUUUGUGUACGGCUUUCUUGAGACUUCUUCAAAAAAAGGAGCCGAGUAUUGGCUUAUAUGGCGGUUUGAAGGGGAGAACACACUUACGGAUUUGAUGCAGAGUAAAGAGUUCCCCUACAAUGUAGAAACAAUGAUUCUUGGAGAGGUCCAGGCCUUGCCUAAGGGUUUGGAAAGGGAGGAUAUAAUCAUUCAAACAAUCAUGAGACAGCUCUUAUUUGCAUUGGAUGCGCUUCACUCGACAGGGAUUGUGCAUAGGGAUAUUAAGCCACAGAAUAUGAUAUUUUCUGAAGAUUCUCGUACAUUCAAGAUAAUUGAUCUGGGAGCUGCAGCUGAUUUGCGAGUGGGCAUCAACUAUAUUCCAAAGGAGUUUCUUUUAGAUCCAAGAUAUGCUGCACCAGAGCAAUACAUCAUGAGCACACAAACUCCAUCUGCACCUUCAGCUCUGGCAACUGCACUUUCCCCUGUCCUCUGGCAGGUGCAUACUAACUCUGACCAUUCCAGAGUAAUUACCAUAUUGCUUUUCUUCUUAUAGGCAUUCCCAGCAUUACGCAGUGACAAUGGCCUCAUACAAUUCAAUCGUCAGUUAAAGAGAUGUGACUAUGACUUGGUUGCAUGGAGGAAAAGUGUAGAGCCUCGUGCUAGCGCUGAUCUACGGAGGGGAUUUCAGUUAUUGGAUUUAGAUGGUGGGAUCGGAUGGGAACUUCUGACCUCAAUGGUUCGAUAUAAAGCACGACAAAGAACGAGUGCAAAAGCGGCUUUAGCUCAUCCCUACUUUGAUAGGGAAGGGCUAUUGGCUUUGUCCUUCAUGCAGAAGCUGAGGCUGCAAUUUUUUCGUGCAACACAGCAGGACUAUGGGGAAGCUGCCAAGUGGAUAAUCCGGCUAAUGGCAAAAUCAGGAACCAAGAAGGAUGGUGGUUUCACAGAAGCUCAGCUUCAGGAGCUAAAAGAAAUUGAGCCCAAGAAGAAGGCAAGUCCACAAAGGAAUGCUCUUGCUUCAGCUCUUCGGCUCCAGAGGAAGAUUAUAAGAACAUUGAAUGAGAGCAUGGAUGAGCUUAACCAAAGUGGGAAGAGCCUAUGGUGGAGCAGAUGGAUCCCCAGAGAGGAAUGAAUUAGUUUGUGAAUACAUAAUAUAUACGUUCUUUUUUUUCUUUUUCUUUUUUGUACAUCCUUGAUUACCAAACCAUCUUGGUGGAAUAGAAUGAUGUUUUACAAUGAAAGAAAUUAGCUGGAAUCUAAUUAAAAGAUGCCUGCAACCCUUUAACA